AUGAGGAAUCUUGUAACAAUCGGAGCCUGCUAUCUUGAUACAAUCCUAACCGUAGACCACUAUCCAGGAGAAGACGAAAAACUCCGCGCAUCACACAUCUCCCGACGACGGGGCGGAAACACUCUGAACACACUCGAAGUUCUCCAGCAGCUACUCGAAUGUAGUUCCUCAAAGGACAUGAAUACUCCAAAUACUGCCAGCGCUGCUCAGAUAUUAUCGGACAGACAGCAGCAGAAUACCACCUCCCCGCUAUGUGCCAUUGCAGUACUACCUGCGAGAUCGUCGCCGGCCACCAGGGAGCUCGAAGCAUCCUUCGGUCCAGGUUCUCGCGUCGAUCUCCAACACUGCAUCUACCGUGAACAAUGCAGCGACGCGGCGUCGAGUUAUAUCAUUAAGAGUGCUUCUACAGGCAGCAGGACUAUUGGCCGCAUACCAGCCGUCACGCUGAAAUGCAUACAGUACCUCCGCCAGAGCUUCCCCGGUGACAAAGUCAGCGUCGAGGUCGAAAAACCGGGUCGGGAGGGUCUCCAGGACCUCGCUGCAGUAGCAGACGUGGUUUUCUACUCGAAAAGUUGGGCGCAGGCAAACGGCCACGGAUCACUCGAGGGUUUUCUACGAGCACAAUCGCCUCUAACGCCCCGAGCUACGAUCGGGGCAGGCGACACCUUCAUAGCGGGAAUGCUGCACCACUUCAUCCGUCGUCCUGAAUCUGACGGCGACGAUGAUUUCAGUCUUCUACGGGCCAUGGAUUUCGCGAAUCAUCUUGCGGGCCGCAAAGUUGUACAGGAAGGGUUUGAGGGGCUUGGUGCCGCUGCCAUUUGCUCUGAGACGAGCUAA